AUAUUAAUUAUUUUUCUAUUUUUAGUAUCCAGAGUUUCUAACGGCUGCGGAUGCCGCUGAUAGACUACGCGACUUCAAGUUGAGACUGCAAUAUGUUGGGCAACGUUGUCAGAUGUAUAUCAAACAAAUUAAAAUGUCCUUAAACGAAAAGUCGGGCAAGGACAAUGAAUAUAAAGUUAAAGCUUUGCGAACAACAACAAAUAUACACACCUUAGUCAAGGACCUAUUUCACUCUCCGCCUUCAUACAAUAACCAUGUUAAUCUUUCGUGGGUUGACACAAAGAAGAACCCUACUUCGAGCACUACGGCGAGUAAUGAAAAACCCGAGGUAAAAACGGACACCGUUCUUGACGAAAAACGGAAACGAGCUGGAAUUACACCGAUAACAUUCGAUGCUAGUUCCCCACCAAAAAAGGCAGCAGGCGAGAAAAAGACGAAGGUGGAAUAUUACCUCCCGCCUGGCAGACGCGCUAACGCAAGCAAUGGUAACGUUGAAGGCAAAUCAAUGCCUGGCCAAUACAACCGUGGAGGAUAUAAAAGCGGCGGUUCUCGUGGUCGCUUUGGAAGAGGGAGAUCAAGAGGGUAUAAUAGACGUGGGUGGAGAUGGUAGAUUUUUUAACUGUUAGAAGUUUUUUACAUCGUGCAAUGAUCAUGACUUUGAGAGGGUUUGGUGCUAAUAUAUAUUGCUAAGUUAUGAACAAACUAUACGUCAUUGUUCUAUUUGAAAACUAACUUUUGAAUUUGUUUCGAUAAACUUGCUUUUUUACCGCAGUGUUUUAGCCAUGGCGUUAGGAACCGAGGGGCCAAAACUCUCCUAACUUUAGAUAUCACAGAAUAAGUGCCUUUCUGUUUUGAGGUAAAGAUUAAGGAAAAAUUUAAUUAUAUAGAACUACGGUUUUCUGCAUGGCUUCGUACAGUUUAUUUUUACAGUAUACAUAAUACAUGUCGACUUUAAGUGCCUGUUCCACCAGGCGAAUGCCCUAUAGAAGUAAAUGCCCCUUCCCCCAACUUUGAUGUGCUUCCUACGCCUAUGGUUUUGGCAAAGCGGUUAUUAUAGUUCUUCCUGUGAUUAAUGCUGCCAGUGGUAAUUUGUAAUAUAACGUGUAAAUUCAG